UCCAUCGUGCGACACUCGCGGCAAGAAACAGCAUACCGCACCGCGCGUCCCCCUCCCCUCCGAUCCUCCCGUCUGCGCGUACGCACGGUACGACGGCAUGGCCGUUGUCACCGCCGCCGGCGUCCUCCUCCUGCUCGUCACCGCUGGCGCAGCGGCGGCCCCCGUCCGCCGUCACCACGUCGUCGGAGGCGACCCUGGGUGGGCGGUGGCCUCCGACGUCCUCGCCUGGUCGGCGGACAGGCUCUUCACCGUCGGAGACGUCCUCUGGUUCGCGUACUCGGCGGAGGACGGCGGCGUCGCGGAGGUCGGCGGCGAGGAGGAGUUCGAGUCGUGCGACGCCGGGAGCCCCGUCGGGACGUACACGGACGGGCUCACCCGCGUCGCCCUCGACGGCGAAGGCUCGAGGUACUUCGUCAGCGCCGACGCCGCCAAGUGCGGCAGCGGGCUGAAGCUGCGCGUCGACGUGCGGACUCCGGUAGUACUGGGGAAGGAUCACGGCCGAGCCGCCGCUCCGGCACCAGCGCCGACGCCGUGGGCAUCCCGCGGCGGGCGAGGAGCCGCGACGCAGCGGGCGUGCGUUUUGCUGUGCUCGGCCUGCGUGUGGUGCCUCCUGUUCAUGGCAAUAUGAGUAUAUAUAUGAUCGUAGAGCACGCCGUGUACGUUCCAUCCGUUUCUGACGGCAAUACGCAUGUGUUGCGUAUGCUCGGCAGUUCGCAUAGCUUACUCUCGUGAAUAAAUUUACUGGCUUUCUCUACCCCGUAAUUCGUACUAGGUUUUUUCUUCUUUUUUUUUCUUUUGUUUUGAAGCCUCACCUAAUAGAGAACAAGUCGACGCGCUGUAAGAACGUCCACGGUAUGUAGUAUAG